AUGGCGAAUAAAUCAAUCUAUGAUUUCUCUGUUGAGACCCUGGAUGGACAGGUGGUUCCGCUCAGUAACUACAGGGGGAAAGUGCUUCUCAUCAUCAACGUUGCCACCUUCUGAGGGUCAACAAUAGAGGAGUACCACCGACUGAAUGCACUGAUGGAAAUGUUUGGUGACCUCAACUUCACCGUGCUAGGAUUCCCCAGCAACCAGUUCGGUCUUCAGUCACCAGAGGUGAAUCAUGAAACUCUUAAUGUUCUCAAGUAUGUGAGACCUGGUGGGGGGUUCAUGCCAAAGUUUCCAGUUUUUGGAAAGGUUGAGGUGAAUGGAAUAAAUGAAGAGCCUCUUUUCACCUAUCUAAAGGAGUCUUUGCCAUUUGUGAACCCUGUUAUUGGAGAUAUGAAGAAAUUCUACUGGUCCCCAAUCAAUGUCAAUGACAUUCGGUGGAAUUUUGAGAAGUUUCUAAUCACUGCAGAUGGCGUGCCCUUCAGAAGGUAUGAACUUCACUGCCCCAUUGAGAACGUGGAGAAUGACAUAGCAGAACUUGUCUGAUGGAUCUCCUUCAAUUUGUCACCGGU